AUGCUCAGGCCCGGCAGCGUGAGGCCCAUCGGGGCGGAGGCUCUGGUGGCGCUGCUGGAGGGGGGUCUGGACCGCGUGGUUCUGAUCGACAGCAGGCCGUUUGUGGACUACAACACCUCCCACAUCCUGGAGGCCGUCAACGUCAACUGUUCCAAGCUGAUGAAAAGGAGGCUCUUGCAGGACAAGGUCCACAUCGCAGAACUCAUCCAGCACUCGGCCAGCAACAAGUUGGAGCUGCAGGCCCACCACGAGGUGGUGGUCUAUGACCACAGUUCUUCAGACCCGUCCUCUCUGGGCUCCGAUGGCUUCGUCAGCGUGCUGCUGCUCAAACUGGAGCGCAACUUUCCGUCCGUGCACCUGCUGGAAGGUGGUUUCUCAGAGUUUUCCCGCCAGUUUCCGGGUCUGUGUGAGGGCAAGAUGGCGGCGGUUCCGUCGUGCGUGUCUCCACCGUGCCUGCUUGUGGCCAACACGGGUCCCACGCGCAUCCUGCCCCACCUGUACCUGGGCUGCCAGCGGGACGUCCUCAACCAGGAUGUCAUGCAGCAGAACGCCAUCGCGUACGUGCUCAAUGCCAGCAACACGUGUCCCAAACCCGACUUCAUUCCAGAGUCUCACUUCCUGCGGGUCCCCGUCAACGACAGUUUCUGUGAGAAGAUCCUGCCAUGGUUGGACAGAUCUGUUGAGUUCAUAGAGAAGGCCAAAGCCUCCAACUCCUGCGUUCUCGUUCACUGCCUGGCGGGAAUCUCCCGCUCGGCCACCAUCGCCAUCGCCUACAUCAUGAAGAGGAUGGACAUGUCUCUGGACGAGGCGUACAGGUUCGUCAAGGAGAAGAGGCCGACCAUCUCUCCUAACUUCAACUUCCUGGGUCAGCUGCUGGACUUUGAGAAGAGGAUCAAGAGCCCUCACGCCACACAACGGCAGCCCGUCCCUGCGAACCCGCCUCUGGACCGUGAUGUCAGCAGGGGGGCUCUGCUGGAGCCCCUCAUGCUGCCUCCUGAGGAGCGUCUGCUGGCUCAGACCCUGGGCGGUCUGCAGCUCGCCGCCGAGGAUGGCGCCCGCCUGAAGCGCUCCUUCUCUUUGGACAUCAAGGCGCACGGCGAGCCGGGCGUGGGCGGCGCCACCGCCAAAGCGCGUCACUUCUCUCCCGUGGAGGAGGUCUCGGAGCAAAGUCCAGACAAGGACCACACAUAUGAGAUGCAGCGGGCCGCGCCCUCGACAGACGACGCCAACUUCCUGUUCGGACUGUCGCAGAGCCAGCAGCACCUGGCCAGAGCGGGCCCCAGCAGCACCCUGAAAGGGUGGCACUCAGACAUCCUGCUGGGGCCCGUCACGGCGUCGUCUCGGUCCUCCCGGGCAGGAGCCUGGUACCUCUCCUCGGCCAUCUUCACCGGGGGCGGCUUAGCGGCGCUCGGCUGCGGCCACGGGCCGGAGGCGGUGCGGCGGCGUGGGCGCCCGCGAGCACGAGACGGCGGCGACUUGCGCAGGAGCUGGCACGAAGAGAGCAGCUUCGAGAAGCAGCUGAAGAGACGAAGCUGUCAGAUGGACUUCGGAGACGGCCUCACGGACAGACGCUCCCGUGACGACGUGGCGCAACUCGGAGGUCGCUCCAGUUUUUCUGGAAGCUUGGAGCUCAUCCAGGUGUCCUGACGGGAGCUCCGCCUUAGCUUGUCAUUGCCGUGUAGCGCCGCCUCCUGGCUGUAUGAUGAUGAUGAUGAUGAUGAUGAAGAUGUAUGUGAUUAAAGGUGUGAUGUGGUGGUACAUAAACAAGAAGACUAACGUGAUCUUCCA